CUUCCCUGAGUUCGCUGCGUGGGUCAGGUCCUACCCUGAAGAGGAUGGAGGUGGCCAGCGGCGCCCCGGCUCCGGAACCGGGCGAGAUCCGGGCUCUAAAGAAGUGUCUUCUGCGACGCAACCACAGCCGGGAACAGCACGGCGUGGCGGCCUCCAGCCUCGAGGAGCUGAGGAGCAAGGCCUGUGACAUUCUGGCCAUCGAUAAGUCCCUGGCACCAGUCACCCUGGUCCUGGCAGAGGAUGGCACCAUAGUGGAUGACGAUGAUUACUUCCUGUGUCUGCCUUCCAAUACCAAGUUUGUGGCAUUGGCUGGUAAUGAGAAGUGGGCUUACAGCAAUUCAGAUGGAGGUACAGCUUGGAUUACCCAAGAGUCCUUCGAUGGAGAUGAAACAGACAGCGGGGCAGGGAUGAAGUGGAAGAAUGUGGCCAGGCAGCUGAAAGAAGAUCUAUCCAGCAUCAUCCUCCUGUCAGAGGAGGACCUCCAGAUGCUCAUUGAUGUUCCAUGUUCAGAGCUGGCUCAGGAACUAUGCCAAAGUCAGGUCACAGUCCAGGGGCUCCAGAACACCCUCCAGCAGGUUCUUGACCAGAGAGAGGAAGCCCGUCAAUCCAAGCAGCUCUUGGAGCUUUACCUCCAGGCUUUGGAGAAGGAGGGCAGCGUCUUGUCAAAGCAGCAAGAGUCCAGAGCCGGCUUCGCUGACGAGAGGGACGCGGUUGACACGGGUAUUAGAGAGAGCUCGUCCGAAAUUGCGCUUUCCAGCCGGAUCCUCACCACGCUGAGGGAGAAGGCGGCUCCAGAGCUGAGUUUGUCUAGUGAGGCUUUGGAGUUGGUUGCCAAGGAAGACCCUAAAGCAUUGGCUGUUGCUUUGAACUGGGACAUAAAGAAGACGGAAACUGUUCAGCAGGCCUGUCAUCAGGAACUCGGCCUGCGCCUCCAGCAGGUUCAGAGCUUGCAUUCUCUGAGGGGCCUUUCAGCAAGGAAGAAUUCAAUGCCUGGAGAAGCGCAGAAUCCCAAACGGGCCAGACAAGACCCCACGUAGCUGGCAGCCAGAAAUACGCCAAAGAAAACCUUGGUUUUUGUUGUCAGUAAACGCCUUCAGCCUAAUUAUUGUAGCUACUGACUUCUCUACCCCCUGCCUUAGAGAAUGUUCUCCUGGAACAGCCUGGAAGACUGGCUUCAUGCCCUCUCCAGAAAAGCUAUUCCAGACCUCCACAUAUGGCUCGUCCACCUCUUUUGAACCACAGAGCUGCACCAGCAAUAGCCCACCUCUUACACACCCUUAUGUUCUCUGUUUAAAAGUAGUUGGGAAGGGCAGUGAAAAGAAACUGUCAUAUUUCAGACCCACUAUUUUUGUUCUAAAAAUAGAACUGCAGGAUUUUUAAACACAAAUAAUGGUAGAGAAGGUGAAAUAAGAGAAAUAGUGACAGAAGAGAACAUAACUGAUGAUGGCCACAAACUUGUUUCUCAAGUUAAUGAAUUUCUUCAUUUGUUUAAGGCACAUAUUAAGUUUGCAGACCAUAGGGACAUAGAGUAAUUCACCAUUUCUAAUAUCUAAUUCAGUAUUAUGAAACUAUAUCUGGUACCACUGUGAAACUUUUCAGUUUCCUAAUAUGUUUUAUCAGCAGGAGGUAUAAAAAGGUCAUUAAAUCGAUCUCCAUGUGAUAGGACUCCAAAUCUCUCUGGAUCAAAGCAGAGACUUCUGAUUUAUAUCCUCCUGUUUCUGUACAAACUUGUUCUUUGGGUUUGGUAAUCUACAAUAAAGUCUCUCUUGCAGGGAAAAGAUAA